AGAAAUCUUCUACGUAAUUUCCCCUCAUCCAAUCCCCACCGUCAUUAUCCGCGUUAAUCUCCCCUCCCAAGCCACUAUAAGUACUGCCCAAAAACCAGCUCCAAAUUAAUCACCAUCAUCAAUAACAAGAAGAAAAAAAAAGAAUCUUUAUUUAUUUCCAAGAAUAUGGGAAAGAAGAAAUCUUUCCUUGGGCUCUUCAAAGUGAAGACGAAGGACGAGAAGGCAAAGAGACUAAAGAGGGAAGAAGAAGAAGAAGAGGAGGAGAGGGUGGCGGCGGAGCCGGUGGCUAAGGUGUACUACAAAGUACGGCGGAGCGACGAAGACCGCCCCAACUGGGUGGCCGACCCCCUCAUCGACGCCAAAGUCACUGCCUUCCUGAAGAUCAAACGGCGGCAGUUUCUGGGCAUUGUCGAUGAAGACGACGACGGCAAAGCCUCCAAAUGAUUUUGUUCAUGAUCACCCAUUUUGAAUAUGAGGGAAAAAUAGCACAUGCAGUAAGACGAAGUAUAUCAAUUUCCAUAUCAAAUUGAGGAGUGAAGAAGAAAAAAGAUGGAGGCCCAACAUCAAACAAUGAAGAUUACUGGCGAUGAGAUCAAGGUACAGAGAUGGGUGAUUUUCAGAGCGAUUAAACAAGAGAUGGAGUGGCAGAGGGUACCUGAGCGUCGAAGAUGGUGGCUGGCGAUGGUAGUGAAAGAGCACCGAUGAUUGACGACGAUGGUGCAACAGAUGAUUUCCCAGGGUAGAGAGAAGAGAAGUGACCAGAGGAGUGACCGAUGAUUUUCCUAGAUCCCCUUUCCACUGUUUCUAUCUUGCCUCGCACUCGCCACGAUAUUCGGAGUGGCUCGCGGCAUCACACGUUAUCCAAUUUUUGCCUCUCCCGUUGUACCGCUUUAGUUUCCACGAAUGGCAGGUCGUGGCAAUGUAGAUCUUUGCCGCUGCCCAUGCUCUUAAAAAAACAUACUCCAUUCACCCCGUAUUGGAUGCCACCCUCCCAACAAUAUACAAAACCCCAUCAU